AUGCACUUCACAUUUCCAACCACCGCAGGAAUCCUUGCACUUAGCGCCACUAUCGCACAAGCGACCACUUUCGUAUGCCCCUACUUUAUUUUAUUCCUAACCCUACGUCCUUGGCUAACAAUCCAAACUCUAUCACAGCACAACAAAGACACAGCCUACACUAUCAACGUUGCUCAGAAAGACGGCAGCACUAGCUAUGUCGGCCCUAGCAGCAGCAUCGAGAUCCCUGACGGCUGGGCAUAUAUCCGCGUCUGCCAACCGCAGAAGGCCGGAGACUGGUUCGUCUGUAAGCCGGGCGAGGUGACGUGGGCGGAUUGGUAUGGCGAGGUGUUUUGGUAUCUAGGCGGAUUGACCGAUGCAAGUGGUAUGUUUUUUUUUCUUCUCUUCCCUUCACUUGUCAUAAAGUAG